AUAUAAAACGAACUGUUAGUGUUGAAGCUUCUUCAUCUUUCUCCGCCGCUGCAAAACCCUAACCCUAGGAGAUGGGUCGUGUGAUCAGAGCGCAGCGUAAGGGUGCUGGAUCAGUAUUCAAGUCCCACACCCACCACCGUAAGGGACCGGCCAGAUUCAGAAGCCUUGACUUCGGUGAGCGCAAUGGAUACCUCAAGGGUGUCGUCACCGAGAUCGUGCACGACCCAGGUCGUGGUGCACCACUCGCUCGGGUAACCUUCCGCCAUCCUUUCCGCUACAAGCAUCAGAAGGAGCUUUUCGUCGCUGCGGAGGGCAUGUAUACCGGUCAGUUCGUCUACUGUGGUAAGAAGGCUAAUCUCAUGGUGGGUAACGUUCUUCCACUCCGAUCAGUCCCUGAGGGAGCUGUUGUUUGCAACGUCGAGCACCACGUCGGUGACCGUGGGGUCUUCGCUAGAUCUUCUGGAGAUUACGCGAUUGUUAUCAGCCAUAACCCGGAUAAUGGUACUACCAGGAUCAAGCUACCCUCUGGAUCCAAGAAGAUUGUACCAAGUGGGUGCAGAGCAAUGAUUGGCCAGGUUGCUGGUGGAGGCAGAACUGAGAAACCACUUCUCAAGGCAGGCAACGCCUAUCACAAGUAUAGGGUCAAGAGGAACUGCUGGCCUAAGGUUCGUGGUGUUGCUAUGAACCCUGUAGAGCAUCCCCAUGGUGGUGGUAACCACCAACACAUUGGUCAUGCAAGUACUGUUCGGCGUGAUGCCCCUCCUGGACAGAAGGUUGGUCUCAUCGCUGCCAGGAGGACUGGUCGUUUGCGAGGACAAGCUGCUGCAACUGCUGCGAAAGCGGAAAAAAGUGCAUAAGGGAGUUUUAUGUUUGGUUUCCUUUUCACCUUAUUAUCGUUUGUCUUUCAAAUAUCCUUGUUUUCUAAUUUUCUUGGAACAGUGUAAUCAAAGGGGAGACAUACUGAAGUUUUGUUUUCAGUUUAGGAGUGAGAUGUACUCAAUCAGCUUUCAUUAUUUCUGCACUCCGCCAGUGUUGUUUUUUCUUUGCUUGUUUUCUACUAGUCCAUGGCAAAUUUUAUUAA